GAGGAAUUAUUUUACGUUCAAAUUGACUUGCCUCUAAAUACCCACCAGUCAACAAUAUUUACAGUUAAAUGAUGUCAUCGCUUUAUAAAGCUAAUUUGGCGUUACUAGUCAUAUAAAGCUAAUUUGACACUGUUUGUUGAAUUAUACCUAAGAUCUCUAUAAAAUCAAAAGUAAAAAUGGACAACCAACCCCAGGCUCCUUCAGAGACAUCGGAGGAAGGCAAAGUGAAAGUAGAAGCUUCAGCAUCAGAAAAUCAGGUUGUGUACAAACUAAGGGAUAUAUCAAAAGGAAUGGUUGAGGCGUGGAAAUCUAGGUUUCCGGAGUCUUACAAAAAUGUUCAAGUAUCCAAAGGAGAUAUAUUUGAGAGUGCACCUGCUGCUGAUGCUUUAGUCUCUCCUGCUAACAGCUUUGGUUUUAUGGAUGGAGGGAUAGACAUGGCAUAUUCCACACAUUUUGGCUGGCAAAUGCAGGAACGGUUACAAAAAGUAAUUCGAGAAGAACACGAUGGAGAAAUUUUGGUUGGUCAAGCAGUGAUUAUUCCUGCCUAUGAUGAGCAGAAACCCCCAUCAGAAGCAGACUUAAAGGGAUUCAAUGAGGGUGUCCCUAUCAAGUACCUGAUUUCUGCCCCCACCAUGAGGGUACCCCAAGGUGUGGAGGACACAGUCAAUGCUUAUCUGGCAUUUAGAGCAGUGAUACUUGCAGUACAUAAACACAAUGCCAGGAACCCCGGUGAUCAGAUCCGCAGCGUGCUGUGUCCGGGCCUAGGAACUGACGUCGGGAUGAUGGAUCAUGAUCAGUGUGCGAACCAAAUGUGUUUGGCCUAUGAGACACAUGAAUUGAAACUCCCGGAACAUCAGUUCCGGAUCCAUCCAGACAGCCUGUAUUCAAUGCAUAUGGAUCGAAACCAGAUGAUAGUGGAACGAAGAAAGCCGGAUAGGGCAAUAGUACUUGGUUGAAGCAGCAAGUCUUCCAAUCAGACAUUUAAGGAAUAGUGAAAGACCAAUCUGCAAUUCAACUGAAGUCUUAGCUUUUUAGUAUGUCUAAAAAUGAAUAUCAAAUUCUUAAAAUGAAAAAUUACCAUGUCAUUUGAUGAUUUUAAAAAAAAAAUUUACACUAAAUCUUUUGAUAUAUACAGUGAUUCCUGCUUUGUCUCUUGAUGUUUAGUAAUUCAUGUUAUUGUUUUUUAUUACUUGAUAUACAUAAGUAAAUGCUUUGUUACUUCAUAUACAAAGUCCACAUAAUGUGGGUUUGAUUACUGUGUACAGGGUUAUUUUUGCCCCCGGUUAUUUUAGUCUUUUCCAUUUGCAAACGGUUUUGUCCGUCUGAUAAGUGAGAUAAUUUGUCCAUUGGAAUUCGCCCACUCCUAAAUUUGCCCAUAGACAACAAGGGCAAAAGGGGCAAAAAUUAAAAAGGGGCCAGAUAUUUCAGUAUCCUUCUGAUAUAAAUGAAAUGUGUAAUCUGUAUAUAUGCAUGUAUUACAUACAUUGUAUAUAUUAUUAUGUGUAUCUUUGCUUGCUACCUUUAAUCCUAUAUAUAAAAAUUUACCAAUGAAUUAAUUAUCAGACAGUCCUUUUGUUUUUAAUCAUUAAAAUCCAUCAAUCUA